AUGCAAGAAUAAGAAAUUAUAGGCUCAACUGAGUCUUUAAAAUAAUUGCAGCUUCUGCAUGUGUCUACUAACAACAACAAUAACAUUAACAAUAACCUUCAACUGAACACCACUGCAAAUAAUGAGGAUGCGAUUGACAGAUCUACCAAUAACAAGAGCCAGCAGUAAAACAGGCGAGUGAUUCCCCGAUCUAAAAUAUCGCCACCUCUCAAAUAAACAAGUCAGCAUGUCUCUAUUUUUAAUUCCUCGGUAUUUCUCAAAGAUUACCAAUCUUCCUCAGCCAACGGAGUUGCUAGUGAAAAAUAAAAAUCAAACAGGCAAUUCGACAUUGUAGAGGAUGUACCAAAUACUAUUAAGAGGUAGGUAAACGAUAAAAACUAUGAGAAGCAGGUGAUCGAACUGUCGCAAAUGAAAUUCAAACUUACUGGGUAAUCACUGCUGGCCAUAUAAAAUUAAUAAAGUGGCUUCGUCAGACUCUAACAGCUCAAAAUCAACAUCAAGUUAGUCAAAGAUUGCACUAUAGACCUUGAGAUUUAGAAUUAAACUGCCAAGAAGCGACUAGUUUUAAGCACAUCAUAAAGUGGAAUUGGAUAAGGAACAGCACAGCUUGGUAAUGAUGCCAACUUUAUGAGUAAUUUAGAUACUAAUAGUCUUUAUGAUUCAGUCUCAAGCAGCCAGUAAGAUCAGUAAAAACUGAAUAUCAAGUAAUUGGAUAUCAACAAACCCUAGAGUCUAUAUAAGAUUACUUUGGAUCCAGAAAAGCUCAGAGGCAGAUGGGCUACUAUAUGCAUCGAUUUUGAUAGAAUUAUGCCAUAAGAAUCAGUGGGUCAAAAACUCAAAAUAAAUAACAUCUCUAUUCAAGCUCCAGGUUCUAGGAUCUAUGAAAUUCAAGCUGUUUAUGAUAAUAAUUAAGAGAACUAGUAAAAAAAUACUGAUGAGGAAAACAUAAUAAAAAGAUAACGCAAGGCAUAUGUAAAUCAAGAAGAUAUAGUAAAGCCCUCAACCUUUCAGACUAAAAAAAGGAGCAUUUAAAAUGUUCCAGCUAAGGGCCCGAAGUCAUUUUCCCUUAAUUCAAGACAAGAUAGCGAUUAGCUUUCAAAUCUGACCUCAGUAAAGACUCCUGUAUAUAACAAGAUACCAGAACUACCAAAUCUCAACACUAAAGCAGACAAUCAAAGUAUGCUAAGGAAGGGUCUCAAAGUGAUAUAAGAACGAGUUACUGAUAAUAACAGUAAUCUGCUUAAUUAAGAACAGCAAUUAGCAGUGAAUAAGAGAUAGCCUGCUAAAUCAGCAGUAAUCUCAAGCCAGAAAUUUAAGAAGUCCAAUGAGGAAAAUAGCGAUAAUGAUUUAAUUGACCCAUAAAGUAAGGGUAUGAAGUUCAUCUAGAAAUUGACUGAAAGACAAAAAAGAAUGGAAGAAAGAUAUUUCAAGAAAGAUCCUAAAUAGCAGUAGUAACAACAACAAAUCACUAUAUAGAAUCAAGCUCUCCCACUGAAAUAAAAAGCAUAGCAAAAAUAAAACCCAAAUCUCCCUAGCAAGCCAUCUAAAAUGACUAACACUGCUUCAAGUGGUUUUAAAUUAUAGUAGAACAACUAGAACAAUGGUCAAAUAAACCCUACCUAGUAUUUUGGCAUGACCUAGACCUCUUAGAUAAACUUUCAAAAGAGUUGCACUUUUAGUUCUACACUUAGAAAUUUCGAGUAUAAGCCACCAGUCUUUAGCAAAGACAAUGAUGAGGUAGAGGAAUCAAUCCAAGAAGAAAUAUGCCAGAGUUAAAGAGAAGAUGCUGCCCGUCGCAAUAAUAACCCAUAUCCUCAGUACCAAUAAAAAGUACAAUAAAACAUGCCUCAAUCAGUAUUCGGACCAAACGGGAAUAAUGUAUUUGCACAUAAACCCCCUAUUCAUAAUUUUUAGACUAAUACUAACAACCUUCACAAUCAAAAGCAGUUCACCCUGAUGAGCAGAGAUUCUAACUUCACCUAAGGAACCCUUGGCAUGGGAGGAGCUCAUUCUACUCGUUCUACUUAGAUAAAAACUCCAAUAAUGUUUGGUGGUGGCAGAUUGUAAUCCAGUUAGCAAGAAGAAGGGGCUGGUGGUGUACUUACUUAGUAUAGUUAGAUCUCUGGACCCAACAAUAAAUUUCCUUCAGCUAGUGAGACAAAGCAAGACUACUUUAAGUUCCAUCAGAAGGAUAUGAGCACAGCUAGAAGCAAGCUGCUGUUUUCUCCAAGCGGAGGAACUAAUGAGGGAGGCAUGACUGAGGAUGAAGGCGGCAUUUUAUCUGAUAGAGAACAGCACCAUCAUCAGCAGCAUCACUAGUUCAAUCCCUAUCAAGAUGCAGGAGAUAAGUUCGAUCCAAUGACUCAAUCUAAUAGUAAUGCCAACAUGCAGCGAUACACGCAGAAUGUAUUUGAUUUCGACAAAGAUGACUAGGUAGGUAACGACGAGGACGACUAGUUGUACAUGGUAGACGUAGCAGUAGAGUACAGAGCUGACUUUGGGCUUUAGAGAAGACCCUUCUCCCCACCUUUUAAACUAUGA